AUGCCUUUCGGAAACACUCACAAUGCCUACAAGCUGAACUUCUCAUCUGAGGAGGAAUUCCCAGAUCUCUCCCUGCACAAUAAUCACAUGGCCAAGGCCCUGACACCUGACAUCUACAAGAAGCUGAGAGAUAAGUGUACUCCCAGUGGCUUCACCCUUGAUGACGUCAUCCAGACCGGUGUGGACAACCCAGGUCACCCCUUCAUCAUGACUGUGGGCUGUGUCGCUGGUGAUGAGGAAUCCUAUGAUGUCUUCAAGGAUCUGCUUGACAAAGUCAUUGAGGACCGUCACAAUGGCUACAAACCCACCGACAAGCACAAGACCGACCUGAACUGGAACAACCUGAAGGGUGGAGAUGACCUGGACCCCAACUAUGUUCUGAGCAGCCGUGUCAGGACUGGCCGCAGCAUCAAGGGAUACACCCUCCCCCCACACUGCAGCCGUGGCGAGCGCCGUGCUAUUGAGAAGUUGUCCAUCAAAGCCCUCAGCAGUCUGGCUGCAGAGUUCAAGGGAAAGUAUUACCCCCUGAAGGACAUGACAGAUGCCGAGCAGCAGCAGCUGAUUGACGACCACUUCCUGUUUGACAAGCCCGUGUCCCCUCUGCUGCUGGCCGCUGGUAUGGCCCGUGACUGGCCCGAUGGCCGUGGAAUCUGGCACAAUGACAACAAGACCUUCCUCGUGUGGGUAAAUGAAGAGGACCAUCUGAGAGUCAUCUCCAUGCAGAAGGGAGGCAACAUGAAGGAGGUCUUCAAACGCUUCUGUGAGGGUCUUCAGAAGAUUGAGGAGAUCUUCAAGGCUGCAGGACAUCCCUUCAGCUGGAGUGAGCAUCUUGGUUACAUUCUGACUUGCCCAUCCAACUUGGGCACAGGUCUGAGAGGUGGUGUCCACGUUAAGCUUCCCAACCUCAGCAAACACGCCAAAUUUGAGGAGAUCCUGAAAAGACUGCGUCUGCAGAAGAGAGGCACUGGUGGUGUUGACACAGCUGCAGUUGGUGGCACCUUUGAUAUCUCAAAUGCUGACAGAUUGGGCUUCUCUGAGGUCGAUCAGGUCCAGAUGGUGGUUGAUGGUGUUAAGCUGAUGAUUGAGAUGGAGAAGAAGCUGGAGAAGGGACAGCCCAUCGAUGACUUGGUGCCAGCCCAGAAGUAA